AAACCCCCACUUGAAACCUAAACCCUUCUCCCCCCCAUUCGCCGGCGCCGCCGCACGCAACCCCGGCCGCCGCCGCCGCCUCCACCCGAAUUCUAGCUCUCGCUGCCGGCUCGCCCGCGAUGGCGCCGCGCGGCGACGGGAAGAAGGGGAAGGGAUCGGGGAAGCCCGACCAGCUGCGCCCUAAGAGUAAGCAGUUCAAAAAGCACUCGCGCAAGGAGGAGGUGGCGGGUGAGGGGGAGCAGCAGGAGCGUCCGGCGGCCCCGGACUCCGCCGCCGUCCUCGCCGCCGCCGCCGCAGACGACGGCGACUUCCCGAGAGGAGGGCGUAGCCUGCUGAGCAGGGAUGAGGUGGCGGAGGCGCGCGCGGAGGCGGACGCGGACUUCGAGAGAGAGGAGAGGAGGGGAAAGAGGAAGAGGAAGGGUGCAUCCUCGUCGGGAGCCGGUGGCGACGACGACCUGGGGAGCCUCUUCGGCGGGGCUACCACCGGGAAGCUCCCACGCUUCGCUAAUCGCGUCACCUUAAAGAAUAUUUCACCAAAUAUGAAGCUAUGGGGUGUUGUAAUUGAAGUUAACCAAAAAGACAUUGUUGUAAGUCUACCUGGUGGAAUGAGAGGGUUUGUUCGAUCAGAGGAAGUGCAUGACAUUACUUCGCAAGAAACUCGUAAGGAUAGUGAGGGCAGUAUAUGUGCAGAUGUUGUUCAUGUUGGGCAGCUCGUUCCUUGUAUAGUUUUAAGAGUUGAUGAUGAUAAUAAGGAAGGAAAAGUAAACAAGCGUGUUUGGUUAUCCUUACGAUUGAGCCGGAUAUAUAAAGGCCUUUCUCUGGAUGCUAUCCAGGAUGGAAUGGUACUCACCGCCCAAGUGAAAAGUAUUGAGGAUCAUGGUUACAUUCUUCAUUUUGGAGUAUCCUCCUUUAGUGGUUUCAUGCCAAAGGCUGACAGAGAAAGCGCGAAGAUUGAGAGUGGACAACUUAUACAGUGUGUUGUGAAGGCAAUUGAUAAAGCUCGGGAAAUUGUUCACUUGAGUUCUGACGAAGAUUUGCUUUCUAAAUCUAUUAUUAAAGAUCUGAAAGGCCUUUCUAUUGAUCAUUUAAUUCCUGGCAUGAUGGUCAAUGCACGUGUUCAUUCAGUCCUCGAAAAUGGAGUUAUGUUAUCAUUUCUUACUUAUUUCACAGGAACAGCCGAUAUUUUUAAUUUGUCCAACUCCUUCCCCUCUGGUAGCUGGAAAGACGAUUACAUUAAGAAUAAGAAGGUAAAUGCUCGGAUAUUAUUUGUUGAUCCGUCAACAAGGGCAGUUGGACUUACAUUAAAUCAACAGUUACUUCGCCUUAAAGUACCCUCUAUUAACGUUAAAGCUGGAGAAAUCUACGACAAAGCACGUGUUUUGAGGAUGGAUAAAAGGGCUGGUCUUUUUCUUGAAAUACCUUCUCCAACUCCAUCACCUGGGUUUGUUAGUAUACAUGAUGUCUCAGACAAAGAUGUGAAAAAUGUGGAGAAGAAGUUUAAAGAAGGUAGCAUGGCACGUGUCCGUGUGCUUGGAGUGCGACAUCUUGAAGGAGUUGCAAUAGGCACGCUAAAAGAAAGUGCUUUUGAAGGGUCUGUUUUCACUCAUGCUGAUGUUAAGCCAGGAAUGGUAGUAAGGGCUAAGGUUGUUACUGUUGAGCCUUUUGGUGCAAUUGUGCAGUUUUCGAGUGGCGUGAAAGCACUUUGCCCACUUCCACACAUGUCUGAGUUAGAACAUGUUGUAAAACCGCCGAAGAAGUUUAAGGUUGGAGUUGAAUUAACUUUCCGUGUUUUGGGUUGCAAAUCCAAGAGAAUAACAGUGACAUUCAAGAAAUCUCUGGUCAAAUCAAAACUUGAUGUAUUGGCCUCAUAUGCUGAUGCUAAGAUUGGUUUAUUGACGCAUGGAUGGAUUACUAAAAUUGAAAAGCAUGGCUGCUUUGUGAAAUUCUACAAUGGAGUUCAGGGUUUUGUUAGCAGAUCUGAGCUUGGAUUAGAGCCAGGUACUGAAGCUGAAAAUGUUUACCACGUUGGUCAAGUGGUCAAAUGCAGAGUUGUGAGUGUAGUCCCUGCUUCAAGGAAAAUAAAUGUUACUUUUCUGAUAUCUACAAAUAGGGUUAUUCAAGCUGACACCCCAAAGGUGGGAAGUAUUGUAUCUGGUGUUGUGGAGCGACUUACUCCUGCAGCAGUUGUUGUCAGUGUAAAUGGCUUCUGCAAGGGAUCAAUACUUAAUGAACAUCUAGCAGACCAUCGUGGUCAAGCUGCUCAACUGAAGAAUUUGUUGAAGCCUGGCCAUGAGUUCAGCGAGCUCUUAGUUCUCGAUGUUGAAGGGCAAAAUUUAGUUCUUUCAGCCAAGCAAUCACUCAUCAACUGUGCAAGUGACAUUCCAUCAGAAAUAUCUCAGAUGCAUGCAGGAUCUGUAUUUCAUGGUUAUGUUUGCAACAUCAUAGAAGCUGGUUGUUUUGUUCGCUUUCUUGGACAUCUAACUGGUUUUUCUCCCAAGGAUAAAGCUGUUGAUCGUUCAGUAGAAAAGCUGUCCAAUGCCUUCUAUGUUGGCCAAUCCGUUCGGAGUCAUAUCCUAAAUGUAAAUGCAGAAUCUGCCAGAGUGAAGCUUUCUCUUCAGCAGUCUAUGUGCUCUUCAGCAGACUGUUCAUUUGUUCAAGGAUACUUUCUUCUAGAUCAGAAGAUCACAGAACUGAAGUAUUCAGAUCCAAGUAGUUCUUUCCAUGACUGGUUGAACACUUUUGCCAUUGGUAACUUGGUGGAAGGGGAGGUGGGAGCGAUCGAAGAAUAUGGCGUUAUCCUGAACUUCCAAAGCCAUCCGGAUGUUGUCGGUUUAAUUGAACAUCAUCAACUUGGUGACAGUAGUGUAGAAGUGGGCUCUUCUGUGAAGGGUCUUGUUAUUGAUUUAUCUGAUGGAGUUGUUAAUAUAUCCCUUAAAUCAGAACUUGUUCGCAGUGUCAGCAAAGUUGGAAAAAAGAAGAAACGUCACAGAGCUGCAGUUAUGGACUUGGAGCUACAUGAGGAAGUGAAUGCAAUAGUGGAGAUAGUCAAAGAGAGUCAUGUGGUUCUUUCCAUCCCUGAGUAUAAUUAUGCAAUAGGUUUUGCACCACUGAUGGAUUACAACUCACAACUACUUCCUUGCUGCAACUAUGAAAAUGGACAGCGCAUUACUGUUGUUGUUGGAAGUAUGCCAAGUUCUGGUCCGACAGGAAGACUUCUCCUACUACCAAAAGCAUCAGGCAAGAAUUCUAGUGUUAGCAGUUCCAAAAGAGCAAAGAAGAAAAGUGACUUCAAAGUUGGAUCACUUGUUGAAGCAGAGAUUAUUGAUAUCAAGCCACUUGAACUUCUUCUAAAAUUUGGUUCCAAUCUUCAUGGGAGAAUUCAUAUUACCGAGGUAUUUGAUGAUGAUUCCAAUGAUUGCCCUUUUAGUGAACUCCAAAUUGGGCGAAGUGUCCAAGCGAGAAUCGUUGCUGAGGCUGAACAUUCAGGAAAAGGUGGCAAAAAUUCCAAAUGGGAACUAUCAAUUAGACCAUCUUUGCUUCAAGGAGGGUUAGAAGACUUUACUCCUCCUAAAGCAGAAUUAAGGCAUUCAAUUGGUGGCAUUGUGCAUGCUUAUGUUGUCAAGGUGGAUAGAGAAUGGAUCUGGUUAACUGUAUCAAGAGAUGUUAUGGCCCAUUUAUUUAUUCUUGAUAGUUCAGCUGAGCCUGGUGAACUAGAAAAGUUCCAACAGCGCUAUAGUGUUGGCCAGGCAGUGAAAGGACGCAUUAUUGGUGUGAACAGGGAGAAACGGUUGUUGAGACUGAAAGCACUUGACAGUCAGAGUUUGCCAGAGAAUAUAGGCGAAACACAAAAACCACUCUCUGCUACUGUUGAACAUACAAAACAAGGAGAUAUCAUUGGUGGACGUAUUCAAAAGAUUCUACCUGGUGUUGGUGGGCUUGUCAUCCAGAUUGGACCUCAUCUUCAUGGAAGGGUUCAUUAUACUGAAAUUGUUGAUUCAUGGGUGCAAGAACCCAUAUCUGGAUUUCAUGAAGGUCAGUUUGUGAAGUGUAAGGUCCUGGAUGUAAGCCGUUCAUCAGAAGGGUCUGUCAGAGUUGAUCUAUCACUUCGCUCAUCAAUGUGCGCAAAUUCUAACCAGUCAAGAAGAUUGUUUGAUGAUUCGAGAAUUCGUACCUCCCGAUUUGAGAAGAUCAAUGACCUGUGCCCGGGAACAGAGGUUAAGGGCUAUGUGAAGAGCGUGAAUUCGAAAGGAUGUUUCAUUAUGGUUUCUCGGACUAUUGAGGCUAGGAUUAUUCUGUCAAAUUUAUCUGAUGAAUAUGUGGAAAAUCCUCAAAACGAUUUCCCAGUUGGACUGCUUGUACAUGGAAGGGUCUUGUCCUCAGAACCACAAUCAGGGAAAGUUGAGGUAUCACUUAGGAAGAAUACUGGUAGCAAAUCUCAAAAAUCAGAUGAUAUUAGUUACAGCGAUCUGCAUGUUGGGGACAUAAUUGCUGGUCAAGUUAAGAGGGUAGAAUCCUUUGGACUAUUUGUGACAAUUCAGGGCAGUGAAUUGGUGGCAUUGUGCCAUGUAUCAGAACUUUCUGAUGAACCAGUCCUUGAUAUUCAUUCUUGCCACAAAGCUGGUGAUAAGGUUAAAGCCAAAAUUUUGAAGAUUGAUGAGGAACGGCAUCGAGUAUCCAUUGGAAUGAAGAAAUCUUACAUCGGACCUGAUUCUACGGGUGAUACAAGUGAUGAUGAGGAUGACGAAAUAGUUCCUGAGGAAAUCAGUCGUAAUCCUGUGAUGGGUAGAGAUCGGAACCAUGCGUUAGUUCUUCCGAAACCAGAAUCCAGGGCUUCAGUGCUGCCACUCCAGGUCUCCUUGGAUGAAUCUGAAGGUUCAGACCAAGAGAAUGAUAAUAAAGGUCAAGAAAUUGCUAAUGGAACUGAAGUAGAUGAUAAAAAGAGCAACAAAAGGUUGAAGGAGAAGGCGAGAAAACAAAGAGAAUUAGAAAUCAGUGCCUUGGAGGAAAGGGCUUUACAAAGAGAUAUACCCCAGACUCCAGAUGAAUUCGAGAAGUUGGUUAGGAGCUCUCCAAACAGUAGCUUCGUCUGGAUAAACUACAUGGCAUUUUUGUUAGACCUAGCAGAUGUUGAUAAGGCCCGUGCAGUGGCGGAAAGGGCUUUGAGAACAAUAAACAUCAGAGAAGAGGAGGAGAAACUUAAUGUUUGGGUAGCAUAUUUUAAUCUGGAAAAUGAAUAUGGCAGUCCAAGGGAGGAUGCUGUCAAGAAGAUAUUCCAAAGAGCCUUGCAGUAUUGUGAUCCCAAAAAGGUGCACUUGGCUCUUCUUGCAAUGUAUGAGAGGACAGAACAAUACACACUAGCAGAUGAACUUCUUGAUAGAAUGACGAAGAGAUUCAAAACUUCCUGCAAGAUUUGGUUGCGCUGUAUUCAAUUGUCCCUCAAGCAAAGCAAGGAUGUUGAGUGCAUCAAAUUGAUAGUGAAGCGUGCACUUCUAAGUCUACCUCAGAGCAAGCGUAGAAAGUUCCUAUCGCAGACUGCUAUCCUGGAGUUCAAGUGUGGAGUGCCUGAGGAAGGGAGAUCCAGAUUUGAACUGAUCUUAAGAGAGUACCCUAAAAGAACAGAUCUUUGGAGUGUUUACCUAGACCAAGAAAUUCGCCUUGGUGAUACGGAAAUUAUACGGGCAUUAUUUGAGAGAGUAACAUGCCUUAGUCUUCCUCCAAAAAAGAUGAAGUUUUUAUUCAAGAAGUACCUGGAAUAUGAGAAGUCGCAAGGUGAUGAGGAAAGAAUCGAGCAUGUAAAGCAGAAGGCACUGGAGUACGUUCAGAGUUCACUGGCCUGAUAUUCGCAAGACCAAUAAUCCCUCUGAACCUAAGCUGUUGCUGCUGCUAUCCGCUAUUCGGAGUCGUGGCUGCAGAAAUUGCGAUCAGCAACCUGAUGCGACGACUCCUGAUAGGUUUCUGCGAGGAUCGGCGGUGUAACUGUCUGAAUAGCUGAAGGUCAAGUCCUUGGUCGAUGCAGAAACUGAAGAGUGCUAAUCAUAGAAACGGUGAUAGGUCUGAUGUAUUUUGUGCGUUAGUGCUAUGGUUGCAUAUUUUUGAUUAGUGAUGCGAACACGAACGUUGUUAAGAGGGAAAUGCAGCCCAUUCAGUUUUGUAGGAAUAAGUGUUCUACGCUUGGAAUUGUCAAAAGUUUUUACCAAAAUAUGAUGUAUACAAACCUUUUCUUAUCAUGGAAUGUUGCAAUUACCUCCUGGUUCUCAUGAGCUGCCUAUAUCUCAUUUCCACAAAACAGCAAUAUAUUUGGAUAGUUCUAAUGA